AUGGACGACCUCAAUAGUAUUAGUCAAAGUGAUAAGUGUUGGUGCAACAAGGACGACUGUCGCAUGUACUUAGAGACAACCUUCGACUCUGACUACUACCAGCAGAACUCUGAUAUUGUGUAUGAAAAUAUAAACAGAAACGUUAGCAGCGGGGGGACCUUUAAAAUAUUUAAAUACAGUAGUGUAGAAAUCUUGAACGCACAAGCGGAUAAAUACUGUUUGCGGAACGAUGAGGAAUGCACGGACACUGAGACCACGUCCUCCGACUCCGACGCGACCAUGACGUCCGUGGACUCCGGCAUAAGGACUGUCAUAUACGAGUCGGCGAGCUCGAAGGACGCCGGCUCGCUGCCGAAAGAUGAGGACGAGAUCAAUAAGAAUAUAUGCGUUAAACCACAUUCGAAAUCUACCUGUGUCGUUACU